AUGGUAGCCGGCGAGCUCAUCCAGGAGCAUGUGCGCGCAGAUACAGGCGCAGCACCUGACCACAACAGCCCACCCAUCUCCAGGAAGAGCCCGACAGAGCCUCCCUCCGCUCAGACCGGGACAGAAGCUAGAAUAGCGGACACAGAGACGCACCCAGACCCGGGAGAGCGGCACGGAGAGCCCGAAGCAGAGGCGGAUGAACGCGAGGCGAUGCUGCCCAGUGGAGCAGGCUCCAAGUCACCGAACAACCUUGGAGAAGACCAGGAUGGGCCCAGAUAUUUGGAAACAAAACUCUACCCGCGAAGAUUUGCCGUUUUGGCCGUGUUCUGCCUUUACUCUAUGGUCAAUGCUUUCCAAUGGAUCCAAUACAGCAUAAUCACGAGCAUCUUCACCCACUUCUAUGGGGUGACCAACGCCAACAUUGACUGGCUUUCUAUUAUUUACAUGGUGGCCUACGUGCCGCUGAUUUUCCCCGCCACCUGGCUCUUGGACCGCAGAGGGCUCCGGCUCACUGCGCUGCUGGGAUCUGGGUUGAAUUGUGCCGGAGCGUGGCUGAAAUGUGCCAGCGUGAGCCCGGAUCUGUUCUGGGUGACUUUCACGGCUCAGUCCAUAUGUUCGGUGGCACAAGUGUUUAUUCUGGGGCUCCCUUCACGCAUCGCCUCUGUUUGGUUUGGCCCCAGAGAGGUGUCCACGGCGUGUGCCACCGCUGUCUUAGGCAACCAAUUGGGGACGGCCAUUGGUUUCCUGUUGCCCCCCGUCCUGGUGCCGAACACUCCAGAUGACCCGGAGCUCACCGCGUACAACGUCAGCAUCAUGUUCUACGGCACAGCGGCGCUCUCAACGGCGCUCUUUCUGUUCGCGCUCAUAGUGGUUAAGGACCAGCCCGUCAAGCCUCCGAGUCAGGCCCAGGCCGUUCUGUCCGGCCCCCUCCCUGAAGACUACUCCUACAGGAAGUCCAUCUAUAACCUGUUCAGGAACAAGGCCUUCCUGCUGCUGCUCAUCAGUUAUGGUAUAAUGACAGGUUCUUUCUACUCUGUUUCCACUCUUCUGAACCAGAUGAUUAUGGAAUACUACAAGGGUCAGGAGCUGAACGCCGGUCGCAUCGGCCUGACUCUGGUCGUGGCGGGGAUGGUCGGCUCUAUUCUCUGUGGACUGUGGCUCGAUCACACCAAGACUUACAAGAUGACCACUCUGAUCGUGUACGUCCUGUCUUUCGUCGGGAUGGUGGUCUUCACUUUCACUCUGAACCUGAACAACAUUUAUCUGGUUUUCGUCACCGCAGGAAUCCUGGGGUUCUUCAUGACCGGGUACCUACCUCUUGGUUUUGAGUUUGGGGUGGAGAUCACAUACCCGGAGUCGGAGGGCACGUCUUCCGGCCUGCUCAACGCUUUUGCACAGAUCUUUGGGAUCAUUUUCACUCUGAUCCAGGGGAGACUGACCACUGACUUUGGGCCGCUGUCAGGAAACCUCUUCCUCUGCGCUUGGAUGAUACUCGGCAUCAUUCUCACUGCUUUAAUCAAAUCUGAAUUGAAGAGAAACAAUGUGAACAUGGGAGUGGAGAGUAAAGAAAGAGAGCUGCUUCCAGUCGAGAGUCCAGCUGAAGAGAAAUCCAAUGAUGGGACAAUACCGGCAUCAUUUAGUUUUUCCAGAGAAACGUCGAUAUAA